GGCGAUGGAAGUCAAAACCCUAGAAACCUAAUUUGGCCUCAUGAGAGAGAAAAUACAGAGAGAGAUAGAGCUAUUAAUUUACAAUAUUCCCGAAACCGAUUUGUCAGAUUAACAAAUUAGUUUCUCCAAUUCGUUGAGAGAGAGAGAGAGAGAGAGGGGAAAAGGGAAAAACAAUUCGAUCCCAUCCCAUCCCAUCCCAUGCUCGCGAGAUCGAUUUUUGUUCGUUUCCGCGCUGGAUCGCCAAGCCCUCUGCAAUAAUCAUAUAAUCUGAGAUCUGAUUCUGACACCAAUCCGGACGAGGGAUCCUUCUCCUCCAGUCCAGUCCAGUCCCGCCCAGAAAAUUCCAAGUUUUCUCAUACUUAUCUUAAUUUUAUCUAUCUCGAUCUCCCUGAUCCAGGAGCAAUCUCUGCCACAAUCAUCAAUUCCUAUAUGAUUAUGCUCUUUUACAGCUAAGGCUGUUUCGUGUCCGAUUCGAUUCUCGAAUACAAGCCAUGGGAGCUCCUCCACGUAUGCUCAAUUCAGGUUCAAGGUACGCAGAGGUAGAGAGAGAAACAGAAAUUGAAAUUCAGAGACAAAUAGAAAUAGAAAUCGAAAUUGAGAGAGAAACAGAGAAAGGUUGUGUUUCGAUUCCGUUCCAUAUUCUCUGAACUCAGCUGAAUUUAGCCUCGCCAUUGUUUUGUUGUCUAGGAGGGUUAAAAAAAAACUGUGCCCAUACCAUACCCCUCUGGUUCUUUAUUGCUUUGUUUGUUGCUGUUGUUUCUUUUCUUUUGUUUUCUUGCACAUUAAUGGUGUCUAGGUCUUGUAGUGCUGUUGGGUAUAUAGCUCUCAGAAUUGGGGUUGUGGGUUUAGAACAUAAACAGAAGCUGGAUUUGAGGUUGGGAUUGAUGAAAAUCAUGUUUGCUGGUUCAUUUGGAUAAUUCGAAACCUCUUUGUGAAAUUGUGAUCGAUUGUUUGUCUGUCUUUUUGAGUUUAUAUCCACACACACACACACACACACAUAUGUAUGUAUAUAUGUAUGUAUGUAUGUAUGUAUGUGAGUUGUGUCGAAAACACUUAUAGGUGUUGUUGGGGGGAAGUUUGAUAAGGUCUAAUAGCUACUACUGAUUGUGUGUGUUGGGUUAAUCGAAAAAAAUUAUAUAUAUGAAAAUGGUGAAGCCUUGUUGGAGGCCGUUGGUUGAGUGUGACGGGGCGUGGAGGAGAGACGGGUAUAGGCGUGGGGAUGAUUAUCCGAAUGGUCGGGUGGACGGGUUGUUGUGGUACAAGGAUCUUGGAUAUCAUGUGAGUGGGGAGUUUUCGAUGGCGGUGAUUCAAGCGAAUGGUUUGUUGGAGGAUCAAGCUCAGCUUGAGUCGGGGCCAUUGAGUUUGCUUGAUUCGGGGCCGUGUGGUACUUUUGUUGGAGUUUAUGACGGGCAUGGAGGACCGGAGACUUCUCGGUUUGUUAAUAGAAGCUUGUUCGCCAAUCUCAAGAAAUUCGCCACGGAGAAUCAAGAAAUGUCCGAAAACGUUAUUAAGAAGGCCUUUCUCGCAACCGAGGAAGAGUUUCUUUCGCUAGUGAGAGAACAAUGGUCGGUGAAGCCGCAAAUUGCUUCGGUCGGCACGUGUUGUUUGGUAGGCGUGAUUUGCGACCGUCUCCUAUACGUAGCCAAUGCGGGAGACUCGCGGGCCGUGCUAGGGAGGGCGGAUAAGGCUAGAGGAGUGACAGCCGUUCAACUAUCGACGGAGCACAACGCGAAUCUCGAAUCGGUUAGAGACGAACUACACGCCCUCCAUCCCGACGAUUCACAAAUCGUCGUUUUGAAGCAUAAAGUUUGGCGCGUGAAGGGUAUCAUACAGGUUUCGAGAUCCAUCGGAGAUGCGUACUUAAAGAGCUCGGAAUUCAAUCGGGAACCGCUUUUGGCGAAAUUCAGGCUCCCGAAGCCCUUUAGUAAACCGAUUCUGAGCCCCGAGCCAUCGAUCGUCGUGCACAAGCUCAGCCCGAGGGAUCAGUUUGUAAUAUUCGCAUCCGACGGCUUGUGGGAGCAUCUCGGGAAUCAGGAGGCGGUCGAUAUCGUUAAUAGCAAUCCUCGUAAUGGCAUUGCUAGUAGGCUUGUGAAGGCGGCGCUGCGGGUGGCGGCGAAGAAACGGGAAAUGCGGUACACGGAUUUGAAGAAAAUCGAGCGGGGGGUGCGGAGGCAUUUCCACGACGAUAUUACGGUGGUUGUGGUUUUUUUGGAUCACGGGCGGGCGCCGUCUAAUAGUACGACGACUUCGAUAAGGGCCGCCGGAGGCGAAUCGGUGAGUUCUGGUUAUUCAUGAUGUAGCUUUGUAUUUUGAGUAAACUCUUUUUGAAUGUGGAUCAAAUCUAUGAAUGUGUUUACCAUCAUUUUUCUUUGGAAUUGAAUUGAAUUGAUACAAGGCAUUAUUAAGUUGCCUCUUUAAGUGUA